UCACAAGCAACCGCUUCUUUUUUUGAUAGCAUCACAAGCAACCACUUAUAGCUCAUCAUCUUCUGUUAACGCCUCCAACAGUGGACGCAGAACAAAACUCCAGCCAUUUUCGCAGUCCAUCGGAAUCUCGUGGUCCUCCUAUAUAGGCACGCCUCCUUCCACCUACCCCUUUCGCCUCUUUCUUUUCUUCCCCUGUCCAUCGCCGUCUUACUUCUCCGCGCACCCGUGGCACACUGUCGGAACUAGCGAGGCCGACAUGAUGGCGGAGGCGUGGACGGAUGUGCUCCUGCCGCCGGCGUCCUUCUUCUCCGCGCACCCGUGCAACAGCUGGUUCGCGCAGGCCGACCGGCGGGGCGCUAGCGGGGGCGGCGGCGGCGCCUGGACGGCAGAGGAGAACAAGGUGUUCGAGGAGGCGCUGGCUGCGAUCGACCUGGGCGCGCCGGACGGGUGGGAGAUGGUCGCGCUGAUGCUGCCCGAGAAGACGGUCGCGGAAGUGGUGAGCCACUUCAGGGCCCUCGAGAACGACGUCGGGUUCAUCGAGGCCGGGCUCGUCCCGUUCCCUCGCUACGACCACGACCACGACGCGUCGCCCCCUUCGUCCGCCGGGUUCACCCUCGACUGGGACGACGGCGGCGGGUUCAGGGGGCGCGGUUACUUCCUCAGACGCGGCGGGCGCGCCGACAAGGAGCGGAAGAAGGGCGUCGCCUGGACGGAGGAGGAGCACAGGUUGUUCUUGAAGGGGCUGAAGAAGUACGGGAGAGGGGACUGGAGGAACAUCUCGCGCAGCUACGUGACGAGCCGCACGCCGACGCAGGUGGCCAGCCACGCGCAGAAGUACUUCAACCGGCUCAGCAGCUCCGGCGGCGGCGGCAAGGACGGCAAGCGCCGCGCCAGCAUCCACGACAUCACCAUCGUCAACUUGCCCGACGACGACCACGGCCACGGCAGCACCUCGCCGUCCGCGCUCACCACCGCCUCGGACGGCCAGUUCGGUGCCCACGUCGACGCCAAGCCCUCCUCGCUCUCGCCACCGUCGCUCGGCCGGCACCGGCACUUCUUGCCGCCCGGCACUAUUAUCAGCAGCCAUCAUCCCUACGGCAGCGUGAAGCUCGAGCAGCAGAGCUCCUUCAUGGCCGGCAGCACGGGCCUCGACCUCCUGCAGAUGCAAUGCGGCCAGCUGUGACGGCGCAUCGAUCCUGACAUCCUGCCGCGGCCAAAACCGCAUCAUCGAUCCCCGGGCGCGAGCGCGACAGCACCUGCAGGGACGGGCCAAGACUCAGGCGGGCGUGCGUGCUUCCUUGCCUCGGGAACAGCUUGGUUGCAGAGUUGGUGCUCGUGUGUCCGGAUGAUGGCACCACGUAUACUCCCUUGAUCUGAGAGUGACACGGCCUUGAGCGUGCUGCUGCACUCUCCCUGAGACUGUGCUCAUGGAAAACCUCGAGAAUCCGUCGACGUGCCGUCCAGUACUCCAGUGUACAUAAUACAGUCGGGCCAAGAACUUCUUCCUCUGUAUUGAAAUAAGCACUUGAUAAAGCCUGUCGUUGUUCUCCAGUGUCGCCGGCGGCUUGGAUCAGGGGCACCGGUGUAUUAUCGCGAUGCUAUGUACUGAUAUAGGGUAGCACGGGGAGCAUGAAAAUUUGAUGCCUGUAAGAAUUCACAAGAUCUCUCGGCCAUUGUUGGAUCGCCGUAGAAGUUCAAAUUUCGUUAGGCUCUCGCUGA